UCUAAUUUUUCCCUUUAAAAAUCUUCCUUCUGACUGUUCGUUGCACCUACAACCAGAACACACUGGGAGAACAACGGAGGACGGCAACAGUGUCCAUCUGACAUCAGUCACUACAGGUCUCUUCUUCCUUUGGGCAGCAGCUGUGAAGAUGGCUGCUCCUUACUGGGUUUCUGUAGCGGUCGUUGUUUUGAUGACUGUUAGAAACGGUGAGACUGUUAUUGACCCAAACCAGCUCGCACCAAUUGUACAAGAAAUUCUGAACAGGUACACACCAAGCUACAUUGGUGCAGAUGGCAACAGAAAGUUCCCCAUGUUCAGUGUGGCUGUGAGCGUCCCACUCAAUAAAGACAAGUUUGAUAUGAGCAAAGUCACUGAUGAUGGUGAAGCUGUGAGGACGAAGAUUCUAAACUGUGAUGUAUACAUAGGUAACAGAGUGGUGGCAGCCACAGUGCUGAGAUGGCGCAAUGUUCUCUAUCAGUGUCCUAAUGAACGUGUACAGUGGCGUGAUGUCCCAAAAAAAUGUAAUAGAAAGGAGAUAAAUACAUGGGCUGAUAUUGACAAAUUUUGUGAUGUACAAUCUAUUGAAAGAAUUCUGUUUGCUCAGGCUGCUCAUGCUGAGUCCCGAACCCUGGACUAUUUCAAAGAUAAGGACAAAAUUAGGAAAAACUCCAAAGAUGAUCUGAUGGUUUUCUACGUCCGUGCCUCCCCAUGUGGUGAAACAUGUACCAACCCAAACAACGAUCGGAAUAUUCUCAGUAAAAUACAAGCAAUAACGAACUGGACGAAUUAUGUUGUUGUGUUUUCAGAUGUAUUUAGACCUGAUGAUAAGAAUAAUAAUCAGGAUCGUGUGAAUGAACUGCGUGGAUCACUUGAGAGGCUUGGGGACGCAAUCGCAGAUCAAGGGCCAAAGGUCAAAGAUAAAAGGUCAAAUGGUCUCCAGCAUAUAUUCCGAUGCUACAGGCAGCCAGAAAUGGAUGAAAUGAAGUGUCUUAUCUGCAAUACCAAUGGUGCUGUAGCACAUAAAUGUAUUUUAGGUGGUUAGCAACCAUGGGGAGAAAGAGAAUAAGACCAAGAGGAAGAGUAACAUGCAUCCAUGUUUAACUUUAAAUGUGUGUGUUCGUCACAGCAAGAUUAACAUGUGCUCCUGAAAUCACAGCUGCCAUCGUGCACUCUGGUCAUUCUAGUCCACGAUACUGUCUGUGCCUCUGAUUGUGUCUGUGAACUGAAACACAAACAGUGUGUGUGGAGCGAGUGUAAUCCAUUGAUAGCCUCUGAUACUGUUUCUGAUUAAAGCUUAAUAAACUGCAUUAAAACAUGUCACAGCUUG